GAUCGAGGAGGGAGAGAGCACGAGGAGCUCGCGAGUGCGGGCAGAGGUAGCACGAGGGGGUGGGUAGCGCGUUAUUUCAGCACUAAAGCGCACGGCAAUGGCUCUGGCAGAUACCCCGAACUCCAUCAUGGGCAGCGAGGAGACACCUUUCCCUGAGAUUGUCGAGCUGAAUGUCGGCGGCCAGGUGUACAUCACCCGCUACUCCACCCUGCUGAGUGUGCCCGACUCCCUCCUAUCUCAAAUGUUCGGGCGGAAAAACGGUUUAGGGCUGGCGAGAGAUGGGAAGGGGCGUUUCUUCAUCGACCGCGACGGCUUUCUGUUCCGCUACAUUUUGGAUUACAUGCGGGACCAGCAGCUGGUGCUACCCGAUCACUUCCCCGAGAGGAGCCGACUGCAGAGGGAGGCCGAGUACUUCGCACUUCCCGAACUGGUCAAAACGCUGAGUCCCAAACUCAGUAAACAGAACUCCAUUAACGACGACGCCUGCCCCAGUGACACCGAAGAUGGAUCGCCCAGCACUGAUGCAAUCCGCAGCAUCAUCUCGGCCGCGGCGGCUGCCAGCGGUACCGGGAGCGAGAGGAGAGCGGGGUUCAUCACCAUCGGUUACCGGGGCUCCUACACACUGGGCAGGGACAGCCAGACCGACGCCAAGUUCAGAAGGGUAGCAAGGAUCAUGGUGUGCGGGAAGACAGCUUUGGCCAAGGAGGUAUUCGGGGAGACCCUGAACGAGAGCAGGGAUCCGGACCGGCCACCCGAGCGCUACACGUCCCGUUAUUACCUGAAGUUUACUUUCCUGGAGCAGGCGUUUGACAGGUUGGCAGAGGCUGGCUUCCACAUGGUGUCCUGUAACUCCACCGGGACCUGUGCCUUCGCUCACGAUCAGACCGAUGACAAGAUAUGGACCAGCUACACUGAGUAUAUUUUCUACCGUGAGUGACCUGUGCAUCACCAACCUCUGCCUGCUCUUCCCCAAAUGAUUAGAUCUGAACCCGAUCCACUAUCCCUAGAACUGCCCCUCAGUGCUCCUCCAUGUGCCAGUGCUGUCUAAUUUGCCACGCUUUCCAAUUAAUUUGGAUAGUUGAACUUUUUAAAUUAUUGUCUGUUGCCUUUUUAUUUGAAAAACACGAUGCUGUUUAUUGAGUUGAUAUUUUUUAGACGAGCACAAAGUUUUGUAGUCUAGGCAUGUGUUUGGCACACAUUGGGUGUUGGCACAUCUCCCGGUGCCUUCAGCAGCUUGAUAGCGUUUGAGGCAAAAUAAUUUAAAAAAAACACAAUGGUCAAUGACAAAGAAACUGGGGCGAAAGUGAAGAGUGUUGGUAUAUAAAAAAAACAACUGAUUUUUGGAUAUGUCAGUUGAGGAUUGAUGAACCGUCAUUAUUUUAUCAAAGCAAACUGCGAAUGUGCUCCUUUCCAAGAAUAUUUAAAGAGCAGGUUAACCCGAGAGUGGGGGCAGUAUUCCUCUUGAUAUCGCCGCAAGAAUGCAAAGCAGUGAACUUUAAAGAGAUUUGCCAUUUUCUGACAACGUGUUCUGAGCUCUUAAGAUACACGGUUUGUAUCUUGUAAUAAAUGUUUGCCAAAUAACGCGUAGCCUUUAAAAGAUAAACAAAUUCAAAUUUCAUAGUGAAAUUACUGUUGUGAAAUUUUGGAUAAUUUCUGCAUGGGUUUCUGCCAGGAUAUUUGUGCAGAUAUUUCUAAAUAAACGUUGAUAUUUCUUAUGAUAUGCGUAUGUGAUAUCAUUUAACAAUAAAGCUAUUUUGUGACUAGAUCAAAUGCCAAAGUCUUCACAGUUUAAUUUGUAUCUUUACAUAAAUAUUAAUUAUCUUUUUGAUACACAAGUUUAUAACUUAUUAGAAAUUAAUUUUUUACUGCAAUCAAAUAGUGUCCAAUAUAUUAGCAUAGUUUAAGAGCAGGUUAGUUUAAUGAUAAACACAUUCUAAAUCUGAUGAUUUAUCCCUAGUAAAGAACUGAGUUUCCAAGUGGUAAGUAAGUGUGAAAAUUUGUUUCAAGGAGAACUUCAAAAAUAACCAUUUAUUUAAUAGUGGUUGCUUUCCUUGAAAUUAGUGAAAGAUCAAUUACUCUUUAAUAGAUUCUAAGGUGCCUCACAGCUGCAAGUGCAAUGACUGGAUAUUCAUGACUUCAGCAGGAUUUUCAAGCUCAAAAGUUAUAUGAAAGUAGCAUAAAUAUGAGACUAAAUUUAAACUGUUCUAGAAAUGAAACUAUUUAAAAUUUCCUUACUGAUCCAACACCAAUGAAAAUUUAAUUUUAAUAAAAUAUUGCUACUUUGACAUCGGUUCAGUCUGUGCUUCAUGUGUUAUUAAUGGAAUAAAUCUUUUGAAAGGAGACUUACUGUCAGUCUUUUGACAUGAAACAUAAAGAAUUAUUAACUUUGUCUUUACUGUAAAAAUGUUGUAAUAGUAUAUGCUAGUUAUACUGCUGUUAACCAACUUAUAUAUGUUACUCAGUUACUGGCAAUGUAUUGAAGUUUUAUUGACGUUAGAGAAAUCUUUAUUAACCCGAGUUGUUUCCGUAGAUGUGCCAUUUCAACUGUUGGAUAAUUUAUCUUGCUCACAAGCUGAGGCUUAGUCAAAAACCUCUUGUGCAAGCAGCAGCUGUCCCACUUUUGUAUGCAGAAAGGCUGCAUUGAAUAUCAGUCGACUUAAUGCAUUGUUUCUGUUUCCAAUGAAUUUCUAAGCAACCCCCACCCCCAUCCUCCUGUAACAUUGCCCAGAACUCUGGAAAAAAAAUGAAAUUAAAUUUUGUCACCUGCUGAUACAUGGUUCUUAUUACAUACAUUGGAUCAUGGGAGAGAUUUGGGAGUAUAAAUUUGAUGAGCCUUCUUAGCCUCUUAACCUCUCAGUAGUAUUUUUGAGAGAUAUUUGUCCUUGUCAGAUUGUCUUUGUAAAUAGAGCAUUUGACCAUCUCAUUUAUUCACAGGUUACCACAUAUGUGAGAAAAGAAAAAGCAAAACAAAUGGGAUAUUAACUGUAUUGCAGAUUCAAAAUUGGCUUUGUUCCUGAUAAUACCCUGUUGAAUGGAUUUGAAAAAAUGUUUCAGGAGUGAUUGCUAAUAUGUUUCUGGCACUGACAUUUGUAGCCUGUGCUCUAUUCAUACCUUAAUUUUUAUUGGACCAUACGCUUGUCUUUUUUGUAACAUAUCACUGAAACCCAUUUGUAACUAUUACAAGCAUAUUGUAUGCAAGAAAUCAGAUGUAACAUCCUUCCAUCAUCAAGCUCCAAACUGUUUAGUUUAUGAUAAAAUUGCAAGAAGUUUGAUAAAACAGCAAAAUUUCUGUGGUCACCAUAUGUUACUGUAUUGUGAAGUUUUAAGUAACAGCAAUUUACUUGAGAGAGGCCAGUCCUUUCUUCUUAGUCCAUUCAGCGUAGGGUGAUGUCGAAGUGAUUAGUUACUGUUUUCUUUAUCAUUUUGCGCUUCAGUUUAAGUGAAAUUUUCUUCUAUAAAAAGAAAUUAAAAAUGAGCUCAACAUAUUCUAGCAGUUAUUUAGUAUCAUGCAUUUUCCUUCACAUUGUAAAUAUUACAUUUUUCCAAAUUACAAGAAUUGAGCUUAAUCCCACAAAAAUAUUUAUGCCUUUAAGUACUUCAGAAAUGUAUCUGGAAUAUCAGUUGAUCAGUUUCCAGUUCUUUUUAAUGAUUUAGUGCAAUUAGAUACCUUUUAAAGCAACACAUUGAUCAUUUUUGUGUCCAGCAUCAAAAUCAUCAGACUGGAUCCUGUGACCUAAAAUCUCAUUUAGUAUUAAAUCAAACAAUGGAUGUAUUUUCAAUCUGAUAUCCUCGUGUCAGCCAACUCCAAAAUACUGCCUGUUUAUACUGCAUGCAGUUUUUGGAACUAGCAAAUUGGUAAUAAUAUGGCACUCCCAACUAUUUUCUCUCUACUUUGCAUCCCCUCACAGGGUGUUUAUAACUUGCCUAGGCCAAUCCACAGGACAAGGUAAAGAAACCUAGCUGUAAAUCUUUGAACUGUAGUGAAAUUCAGUCCAAAAUGACUAGGAACUUUUGCAGCUUUGCCAGAUUUACGGUGUGCCAACUGAUUGUAAUUUUCUUGGGUCUGUUUAUUUGCAUAAUUUCUAAUGCAGCAUAAUCUUAUAGUGUAUGUGCAUUUCUGCCAGUGCUUGUGGGAGGGAAUAGAAGAUGGGCACAAUCCUCAUGCUGAGACACCAGCUUGCUGCUAUCCCUUAAUUGCUCCUUUAAUGUUUUAAGAUUGUAAAAAUAACUUUGGUCACAUACAUCCUUUGUUCUACAAUCCCCAAUGUUCAAACAUAAACUGAUAUAGCACAAAGUUUUAUGUAAUUAAUACUUCUGUAGUUAAAUGGACUUGGACAUUGAUUUUUAGAAAUGAAUAGAGAAAAUUAAGAAUUCAAAUUUCUACUUACAGGUUCUUCCAGUGACCAUGAUAUAUUUUUUUACUUGCUUUCAUUUUGUACGUUGUUUAUUUUGUAUGUCAAAGUUUUGAGGAAAGUCACAUACAAAGAUUAAAAUGAUCUAUUUCUAUGAUGGUCACUUUAGUCAAAGAUCACUGCUGGGAGAGGAAGGAAUACAAUCUCUCAGCUCUGAUUCAAGUUAAAGUCAAUAACAACUUGUAUUAAUAUUGCAACCUAAUGCAUUUAAAACAUCCUAAGGUGCUCCACAGAAGCGUAAUCUCACAGAGCUAAAUAAAUAGAUCUAUGAAGUGGUGUCAAUAAGCUUUGUCAAGCACAUCGGUUUUAAGAAAGCCUUAAAGGAGAAGAGAGGCAUAAAACUUUAGGGAGGGAAGUCUAGAACAUGGGGCCUAGAUGGGCAAAGGCACAGUCACCAUUUGUGGAACAAAAGGAGUGGAGGAUAAACAAGAGAUCAUAGAUUGGUUGUUUUUUGAGGAGAUUAAUCAGAUGGGAAGGGCAAGAUCAUGAAAGGAUUAAACAAGAGGAUGAAAUUGGAGGCAUUGAGGUACCAGGAUUCAAUGUGAGUCAUCAAGUGCAGGGGUAAAAACAAAAAAACUGCGGAUGCUGGAAAUCCAAAACAAAAACAGAAUUACCUGGAAAAACUCAGCAGGUCUGGCAGCAUCGGCGGAGAAGAAAAGAGUUGUGAAGAAGAAAAGUGCAGGGGUGAUGGGUGAGUGAAACUUGGUGUAGAUUAAGGCAUGGAAAGCAGCGUUUUAGAUGACCUUAAGUUUAUGGAAGUGGUGGAUGGGAGCCUGGCCAAAGAGCUUUGUAACUCAAUUUUGGAGAUGACAAAGGCAUGGUGAGGAUUUCAGCAGCAGGUGAAUUAGGAGAGUGGCAGAGGAAAA